GCAUUCUCUCCUACGAUUUAUUUUUUAUAAAUCCCUCUCUCUCCCUCACCUUCUACUUUCUUAAACCCUAGCACCCGAAUUCCGAUACUGAGAGAUCAAAAUUAUUUCACUUCUUCUUCACCGACAAGCACUCGUUCAGUACUUGUUGCCCACUGCUUCUUCCUCCUCUGCUCUGCCUCCAUUUGAGGGGGCUUGCUUAUGUGGUGAAAUGGCCAACAACUCUCAGUCCUCUGGUUCACAGCCACUUCGGCCUCCUUCAGUUGGAUCCUUGGGUCCUCAAAGUUUUGGUUCAUCUUUAUCUAUGCAAUUUCGGCCAGUUCCAACACAGCAAGGACAGCCAUUUGUUCCACCGGCAUCUCAGCAGUUUCGGCCUAUGGGACAGGGGUUUCCCUCCAAUGUUGCAAUGCCUACUGGUCCAAGUCAGCCACUACAAUUUUCUCAACCAAUUCAGCAGUUACCUUCAAGGCCAACUCUGCCUGGUCAUGCUAUGCCAUCAUCACAGGGUAUACAACUGCCGUAUGGUCAGACAAAUAGGCCGCUUGCAUCUAUGCCACUGCAGUCUCAACAAAGUGCCCCUGCUUUAGUGAAUCAUAUGCCUGGCUCAGGAAUACCUAUCUCUUCAUCAUAUACUUUUGCACCAUCUUCUUUUGGCCAGCACCAAAAUAAUAUUAGUGCAUCGUCCCAGUUCCAGCCAAUGUCUCAAAUGCCUGCACCUGUUGUACCUGUUGCAGGGCAACCUUGGAUGUCCUCUGGAAGUCAGAGUGCAGCAUUUGCGACACCAGUACAGCAGACUGGUCAACAACCUCCAGUCAUUCCUUCUACGGAUUCUGCAGUAAAUGUCCCUAGCCUUAAUCAACAGUCCGCAUCUGAUUGGCAAGAGCAUUCAUCUGCUGAUGGGAGAAGAUAUUAUUACAACAAGAGGACGAAACAGUCUAGUUGGGAGAAGCCACCGGAAUUGAUGACCCCAAUUGAGAAGGCUGAUGCAUCAACUGUGUGGAAGGAGUAUACCUCUCCAGAGGGAAGAAAGUAUUAUUUCAACAAGGUUACUAAGGAAUCUAAAUGGACAAUUCCAGAGGAAUUGAAGUUGGCUCGUGAACAGGCUCAAAAAGCAGCUAGCCAGGGAACACAAUCAGAGCCAAGUGUGACCUCUCAUGCCCCAGAUGUCACUGUCUCCUCAGCUGAAACAUCUGUGGCAACUAUCUCUGUUAGCUCCAGCACUACUUCAACAUUAGCUGGGGUGGCUUUGAGCCCAGUUCUAGUGACACCUGUCGUUGCAGUUUCUAAUCCUUCCCCUGUGCUUUCUGGAUCAUCAGCCGUUUCUAGUGCACAGCCUGCUGUACCAGCAAGUGCAGUUGGUAACCAACCUCCUGUACUGGCUGCUUCUCCAGUUAGUGCUGUUUCAGGAAGUACUGGAGUUCCUGCUGCUUCAAUCAAUGCCAACCCGGCAUCAACGAGUCAUUUUGAAAACCUAAUAUCUCAGGACUUUCAAGGUUCUGUUGAUGGAGCUUCUGUACAAGAUAUUGAGGAAGCAAAAAAAGGAAUGGCAGUUGCUGGAAAAGUUAAUGUGACUCCUUUGGAGGAGAAAAUGCUUGAUGAUGAACCUUUGGUGUAUGCCAGUAAGCUGGAGGCAAAAAAUGCAUUCAAAGCUCUGCUGGAAUCUGUUAAUGUGCAGUCUGAUUGGACUUGGGAGCAGGUAGCUUGGUUAAUCCUUUCCUGUUUUGACCAUCACUCAUCACUUUCUAAAUGCUUCUCAAUGAAUUUUAACCAGUACUUAGGUCAAAGGAAGAAACUAGAAGCAGAGGAGAGGCGCAUGAGGCAGAAAAAAGCUCGGGAAGAAUUCACAAAGAUGUUGGAAGAGUCCAAAGAACUAACAUCAUCCACCAGAUGGAGCAAAGCUGUUAGUAUGUUUGAAAAUGAUGAACGAUUCAAGGCUGUUGAACGAACUAGAGACCGGGAGGAUCUUUUCGAAAGCUACAUGGUGGAACUCGAGAGGAAGGAAAAGGAAAAGGCUGUGGAGGAUCAUAGGCAGAAUGUAGCAGAAUACAGGAAAUUUUUGGAAUCCUGUGACUUUAUUAAGGUAAAUUCACACUGGCGAAAAGUUCAAGAUCGCUUAGAAGAUGAUGAAAGAUGCUCACGUCUUGAAAAAUUGGACCGUUUGCUCAUUUUCGAGGACUAUAUACGUGACCUGGAGAAGGAUGAAGAGGAGCAAAAGAAGAUACAAAAGGAACAAUUGAGGCGGGCUGAGCGGAAAAACCGUGAUGAGUUUCGCUUGCUGAUGGAAGGACAUGUUGCCACUGGCAUUCUUACAGCUAAAACUCACUGGCUUGAUUAUUGCUUAAAGGUGAAGGAUUUGCCUCAAUAUCAAGCCAUUGCAUCAAACAUCUCUGGUUCCACACCAAAGGAGCUAUUUGAGGACGUUGCUGAAGAAUUAGAGAAACAGUAUCGUGAAGACAAAACACGUAUCAAGGAUGUAAUGGGGAAGCUUACCUUUUUGGCAACAUGGACGUUUAAAGACUUUAAGGAGGCCAUUAUUGAAGAUGUCGGUUCCCCACCAAUUUCAGAUAUCAACUUAAAGCUUGUGUUUGAGGAGUCAUUAGAGAGAGCCAAGGAGAAGGAGGAGAAGGAAGCUAGAAAGCGUCAACGUCUUGCCGAUGACUUCACAAAGCUAUUAUACACAUUCAAGGAAAUUACUGCAUCUUCUGUUUGGGAAGAUUGCAGACCACUUUUUGAAGAGAGCCAAGAAUAUAGAUCAAUUGGGGAGGAGAGCUUUAGGAGGGAGAUUUUUGAGGAAUACAUUGCAAACUUGCAGGAAAAGGCUAAAGAGAAGGAGCGCAAGCGUGAGGAGGAAAAGGCCAAAAAAGAGAGAGAGAGAGAGGAGAAAGAAAAGCGGAAGGAGAAAGAAAGAAAGGAGAAGGAGAGGGAUCGUGAAAGAGAAAAGGGGAAGGAACGAUUUAAGAAGGAUGAAACAGAUGGUGAAACCGUAGACGUGAUUGACAACCAUAGCUAUAAGGAGGACAAGAAAAGAGAAAAAGACAAAGAUAGGAAACACCGGAAGAGGCACCAAAGUGCCACAGAUGAUGUAAGUUCUGAUAAGGAUGAGAAGGAAGAGUCUAAGAAAUCACGCAGACAUGGCAGUGACCAUAUAAGUUCUGAUAAGGAUGAGAAGGAAGAGUCUAAAAAAUCACGUAGACAUGGCAGUGACCGCAAAAAGUCAAGAAAGGCGCAUGCAUACUCACCUGAAUCAGAUGGUGAAAACCGGCAUAAAAGACACAGGAGAGAGCACCGGGAUGGUCGAAGAAGUGGAUAUGAGGAACUUGAAGAUGGUGAGCUUGGUGAGGAUGGGGAAAUCCAGUAGCCAUAUAUUCCAUUCUUAGAGAUUGCUAACAUUCGCUUAGUUCAUUAUAAAUGCUAGCUAAGUACUUUUGACAAACUAGGACUAAGAAUUGCUUCACUGAUCAGCUGUUCAAAGAAAAAAGAAACAGAUACGGUUUGUAUAUUAGAUUGGAUAUUAGAUGCAUCUUAUAUUCUCAAAAUGUUGCUGGUUCUGUUUCUAUGGAAUAGCGUUCAUUGAUUUGAUUAUAGGUUUUUGAUCGUAUGCAAAUGUUAUAGUACAUUUUCAAGCAUGUUGAUUAUUGGGUUUUGGAAGUGACAAAUUAUGAAUACGAGGAAUCUGGAUGUUUAGUGUCGAAUUGCAUGAAA